GUGAACUAGUUCACUGGUUCAAUAGAUCCCGCUGCGAGUGUUUAUUGUUUGUGUUGCCGUUGUUGCAUUUUGUCUCCGUUGUUGUUCAACAAAUUAUAUUUGCUAUCGUGUUUUUUGUGAUACAGAGAAAUGUCCGAAGAAGUUACCGCUCAGGACCAUAAUACCGUGCAGCAGGAGUCACCUGUGAGUCACAAGAGAAAAGACUAUCUUCCCUGGGAUGACUACUUCAUGGCCACUGCCUUGCUCUCGGCGGAGCGCAGCAAGGAUCCCGUGACCCAAGUUGGUGCCUGCAUCGUGGACUCGCAGAAUCGGAUAGUGUCCAUCGGCUAUAAUGGAUUCCCUCGCAACUGCAGCGACGACGAGUUUCCCUGGACAAAAUCCAAGGUUUUCUUGGAGGAUAAGAAGAUGUACGUGGUGCAUGCGGAGGCCAAUGCAAUCCUUAACAACAAUGGACUGAAUUUAACUGGAACCCGUCUCUAUACCACACUCUUCCCCUGUAAUGAAUGCGCCAAACUCAUCAUACAGGUGGGCAUAUCUCAUAUUCUAUAUUUAUCCGACAAGUAUGGAGCUAAGCCCAAGUACCAGGCAUCCAGGCGGAUGUUAGAUGCAGUGGGCGUGACAUGUACACAAUACCGCCCUCAACGAAAUAAUAUCGUCAUUGAUUUUAAGAAGAUCUAGGAAGAAAACUAAAAAACUAUUAAACUAUUCAUUAUUGGUGAAUAGUUACCAUUGAAACUCACUUGCACUAAUUGAGUUCGUAAACAGUAAAAGGGUCUGUCAGGUGAGACCCUUCCCAUGCACAGGUGUUCUCUCGAGACCAAUGUGUGAUUAAAGUGAGCUACACAGGUCAAAGUUUUGGGUGCUUUAAGGCCAAGCCCUAGUGUUAAAUCAAGAUUUGUAUUUUUCCAAUAAAAGUGUAAAAAGCUUUUAUAUAAAGUGACGGUAAUUGUUAUGAAAUAUAUAUUUUUUAAAAUUUAAUGAAUAUUAUUUUGAAUAUUUUAAGUGGUCUUGAGAAAUCGUUUUAUUGCAUCAUAUGUCAAGGACCAAUAAAAGUGUAAAAAGCUUUUAUGUAAAGUGAUGGUAAUUGUUAUGAAAUAUAUAUUUUUUAAAAUUUAA